GACAGAGCCAGAGGGAGGGGCUGGGGUGAAGCGACCCCCAGGCUGUUCCCUCGCUGACUCCGUCCUUUCUCCUUGCGCGUCAGCUCCAGAGGAUCGGGCCUGGACCAUCGUCCGGCACAACCGGCACUACGCCACGCGGGUGCGGGGCUCCAGUGUGGACCGGCCCUUCCUGGGCGCUGUGGAGUACUGGAACGCCUCGUGGGCAGAGGUGGCGGCCCUGGCGAACGGCUCUGAGUACUGCGAGCAGCACCUGGAAUUCUCCUGCUACAGCUCCCGCCUGCUCAACACCCCCUACGGGCCGCCCAUCAGCUUCUGGAUGGGCCGCCACGACCAGCGCCAUUACUACUGGGGGGGCUCCCCGCCGGGCGUCCAGCGCUGCGCCUGCGGCCUGGACAAGAACUGCGUCGACUCCAAGUACUUCUGCAAUUGUGACGCUGACCAUGCCCAGUGGGAGAGGCCGGACAUCGGCGCCUACUUCGAGCCGGGCACCUGGGUUCGCUACAACAUCCUGCCGGCCGAGCUCUCGGCCGCCCACGCGUUUGCCAGCAUCCUGAGCCAGCCGCUGCCGGGCUACAACCUGACCAGCGAGGAGCUCAGCUUCAGCUUCCGCACCACCACUGCGCCUGCCGUCCUGAUCUAUGUCAGCUCCUUCCGCCGGGACUACGUGGCUGUGCUCAUCCGGGAGGACGGGAGCCUGCAGCUGCGCUACCAGCUGGGCACCAGCCCCUACAUCUUCCCGCUGACCACUGCGCCCGUGACGGACGGGAGGCCCCAUUGGAUCAACAUCACCCGCAUCAACCGUACACUCUACACCCAG